GACUAGAUUCGAUUGGCUACCAAGACGUCAGAUCGCACUGGUAGUUUGCUGAGCAUAGUAAGGGAACAUCUACUGUAAAUAUCUCGUGACGGGACAACAAUGAAAGUAUUUUUUUGUAUUAAAAAUGCCGCUCGAGUUAUAGAAAACUUGCUGUCAAAAAGCACCCCAUAUUCAGGAGUAAGUUUAUAUUUUCGUGAAUUGCCUGGCUUUAAUACACACAAAACUAGAGUGCUUAAGAGGACAAUGUCAGAAAAACAUAACACAAGUGCAGAUAGUAUGGAGAAAAAUAAGAACACCUACCCAUAUGAAGAUGCAGAAAAAAUGGGCUUAGAGCAGUCAGAAAAGUCUUUCAGUGAAUGGAGUGAUUACUGGGAAUCUGUAAGGCAAGAUAAACAACCAAAUGUACUAAAGGAUAUGCAUGAGCCUGGUUAUGAUUGGAAGGCCAAUGUUAAUGGAGGAAAUCAUUCAACAGUAGAUACAAAAUACGAGAGCAAAUCUAGUUCAAAAAAUGAUGAAGCAUCUAGAUGGGUUUUUGCAAUGCGACACGGUGAACGAGUCGAUCUUACCUAUGGGUCAUGGGUUCCAUACUGUUUUGAUGAAAAUGGUACAUACACACGGAAAGAUCUUAACAUGCCAGAAAAAUUAACUGAAAGAGUGGGCGGCGCGGAGUCGUACGCGCGCGACUCUCCGCUGACGCGCGUGGGGGCGCUGCAGGCGGCGCUGGUGGGAGAGGGGCUACGCGCGGCCGGCGUGCGCCUCAGGCACGUGUACGCCUCCGCCGCGCUGCGCUCCGUCGCCACCGCGCAUCACAUGCUCAAAGGUUUGCAAGCUGAUCCAUCCGUGAAAAUAAGGGUUGAGCCAGGAAUAUUCGAAUAUAAAAAAUGGUAUGCAGCCAAGGGUCUAGCUCCCUUCAUGACACCGCAAGAGCUACAUAAUGCCGGAUAUAACGUCGACUUAAAUUAUAAACCAUAUGUCAAUCUCGGUUUAAACACUGAUGAAACUGUUGAAGAAUAUUAUCAACGAAACGAAUUUGUUAUACAUUCCGCAGUUAGGGACACGAAGGAAGAAGGUGGCAACAUUAUUUUCGUCGGUCAUGCGGCAACAUUGGAGGUUACUGCGACCGCACUUCAUCGAUUGGAAAAAAAAGAGGAAUUCCCGCCAUAUGAGAUUAGUGACACUCUUCUACUGGUGCCCUACUGCGCAAUUGCGGCCCUACGUGAAGGGCCAUGGCGUUUGGUGGCGCCGCCCUGCCCGCCCUUUGCCAGCACCAGCUCAGGGCGCUUCAACUGGAAGAUACUCCAAGACAUUGUUGCGCCGUCCCAAGAGAAAUAAACGUCGUGUCAUUUACAGGUUUGACACAAAUGCCCGUUAAAGUGAUGUCACACUGGUUAUAUUUUGAACAUUUCUAUAAUAAUAGAAAGAAAAAAAAAAUCUUUGUCAUAAAACAUUUUCCUCGGGUGGUAUUUGUAAUAUUUCUUUCUAGAAUAGUAGGUCUAUUGAAGUUAUUAUUCAUGAUUUGGACGUUAUUAUUCAUGAUAUCUAUAGGUACUAUCAGUUGACUAUAGAUCUCAUGCGAAAACACUUAAUUAUUGUUUGUGCCUAUGUUCAAUUUAAUGUUAAAUAAGACAUUUUAUAUAAGACAAUGCAAGCAUUGAAGAUCUUUUUCUUUGUAUUUACAAGUGUAAAUAUUGAUUUAUGUAACUCUUAACAGACACCUAUUCCUACUUAGUUAUUACCACAGGUUUUAGAAGUAAUACUUAUUACAGUAUGUAACUGUCAAGCAAAUAAUUUAUUGUCAUUUUUAAGAACAAUUGUGUACAAAGAGGGUUGUGAAAACCAUAAAUCUUAUAAUUUUAAGCGGUAAAAAGAUCUUAAAAUGUU